AUGGGGAAGCUGAGCCAAAGAGCCAAGCAGCGGCUGCAGCAGCUCUCCAAAGGAGGCCAGUGUAUCAUCCCCUGCGGAAUUGUCUCUCUCGUGGUCUGCCUGGAUUUUAAGAGGGGUGCAGAUCCCGGAAUGCCUGAACCAACUGUUUUGGGCCUAGUCUGGGGAUAA